UGUCUCCUCAUUAUUAUUAUUUUUCCAUUCUCUCUCUCUCUCUCUCUCUGUGGCGGAAUUCUUCUCUUUUGCCAUCUUUGACUCUGAACCUUCUCGGACGCCACCCCCUUCUUCAAUUCGGUUCUUUCCUCUGCCGGAGCCGCCACCGGUAAUUCGUUUCAAACAUCUUUGGUCUCUUCACCGUUUUCUAGAUACUAGCCGGCGUGAGCAUCUGAAGUUCCCCUAUUUCUCCUAAACGGUGGUUGAAGACUUCAAAGAGAACUGAAAUGCUUUGAUUUUUAACUGAUCAUCUAGGCGGUUUGUAGAUCUGAGGGGAGGAGUUGGUGCUUUCUAGGGUUUUGAAAGGAGUUUUGUAUAUUUUUAUUGUGCUGUUACGACUAUUUUUGUUAGUACUUGUUUUAUGAGGGUUACGUGUGAAGUGAAACGUUGAUGGUAGUGGACGGAAGAAAGUGUGUGAUUUCGAUUGAUAAUGACCGGAGAUUACAGCGGCGUCUGGUGGCGGUGCUGGUGGUGGUCCGGUGAAUUCGUCACAUGGAAUGGCAGAUCUUGUUAGCUACGGUAACGCCGAUCGUGACAUUGAGCAGGCAUUAAUUGCUCUGAAGAAGGGCGCACAGUUACUUAAAUAUGGUCGCAAGGGGAAGCCCAAAUUUUGUCCAUUUAGACUUUCCCAUGAUGAAUUAUCUCUAAUUUGGAUUUCGGGUAGUGGUGAAAGGAGCUUGAAAUUAGCCUCAGUUUCUAGAAUUAUUCCUGGACAAAGAACUGCUGUUUUCCGGCGUUAUUUGCGUCCUGAAAAAGACUAUCUUUCAUUUUCUCUCGUAUACAACAACGGGAAACGAUCUCUUGAUUUGAUCUGCAAGGACAAAGUCGAGGCUGAAGUGUGGAUAGCAGGCCUCAAAGCACUGAUUUCAUCUUGGCAAGGAGGGCGUUCCAAAAUUGAUGGAUGGAGUGACGGAGGCCUUUACCUUGAUGAUAACAAAGAUCUAGCAUCAAACAGUGCAAGCGACAGUUCAGUUACUCCAGACGUUUCUGUUAGUUCAAGUUCAAACCCAACUACUUCCCCUAAAACUUCUUCCAAUUUUGAAAGGUCGCAUGCAGUUUUGGAGCAAACAAACAUGCAACUAAAAGGUUCAAGUUCCGAUACUUUUAGGGUUAGUGUCUCUAGUGCACCAAGUACAUCCAGUCAUGGGUCGGGCCCAGAUGACUGUGAUGCUUUAGGUGACGUGUACAUAUGGGGUGAAGUAAUAUGCGAAAAUGUCAUCAAACUAGGCCCAGAUCGAACCAUAAACCCUUCCAACACAAGAACCGAUGUCCUUCUCCCAAAACCCUUAGAAUCCAAUGUCGUUUUAGAUGUUAAUCAUAUCGCCUGUGGGGUCCGCCACGCUGCCCUAGUAACCCGCCAAGGCGAACUCUUCACAUGGGGCGAGGAAUCGGGCGGGCGGCUCGGUCACGGGGUUGGGAAAGACGUGACCCAACCGCGGUUAGUCGAAUCUUUAACUGUCUCAAACAUCGAUUUUGUCGCGUGUGGUGAGUUUCACACAUGUGCAGUUACUUCCUCUGGUGAGCUUUACACAUGGGGUGACGGGACCCACAAUGUCGGGCUUCUCGGGCACGGGACAGAUGUCAGUCAUUGGAUACCAAAGCGAAUCUCCGGUCCACUCGAAGGGCUUCAAGUUUCUUCGGUCACAUGCGGGCCAUGGCACACCGCUUUAAUUACAUCCACCGGGCAGCUUUUUACAUUUGGUGAUGGGACUUUUGGCGUUUUAGGGCACGGUGACCGGGAAAACGUGUCCUACCCGAAAGAAGUCGACUCGCUUUCCGGUUUGCGAACGGUGGCUGUUGCAUGUGGUGUCUGGCACACGGCGGCUGUGGUCGAUGUUAUUGUAACUCAAUCCGGUUCCAAUGUUUCUUCCGGAAAGCUUUUCACGUGGGGUGACGGGGACAAAAACCGCCUUGGACACGGCGAUAAAGAACCACGACUCAAACCGACAUGUGUCCCGGCUCUCAUCGAUUACAAUUUCAACAAAGUUGCUUGCGGUCAUAGUUUGACCGUUGGUUUGACCACAUCCGGACAAGUUUACACAAUGGGAAGCACGGUGUACGGUCAACUCGGGAACCCGCAAUGUGACGGGAAGCUACCGUGUUUGGUCGAGGGUAAACUCGUCAUUUCAUCCGUUGAUGAAAUCGCUUGUGGUGCGUAUCAUGUUGCGGUGUUGACUUCGAAAAACGAGGUUUUUACAUGGGGGAAAGGGGCGAACGGAAGGUUGGGCCAUGGAGAUAUUGAAGACCGUAAAACACCGACUCUUGUUGAAUCUUUAAAGGACAGACAUGUAAAAUACAUAUCUUGUGGUUCAAAUUAUACUGCAGCUAUUUGUGUUCAUAAAUGGGUGUCUGGUGCUGAACAAUCUCAGUGUUCAUCUUGUAGACAGGCUUUCGGGUUCACUAGAAAGAGACACAAUUGUUACAACUGUGGACUUGUCCACUGCCAUUCAUGUAGUUCAAAAAAAGCACCACGAGCUGCUCUGGCUCCAAACCCUGGAAAACCGUAUCGCGUGUGUGAUUCCUGUUUUACAAAGUUAAGUAAAAUGGCGGAAAGUGGAAUCAAUAGUAGACGGAAUGUGAAACCCCGGCUUUCGGGAGAGAACAAGGACAGGCUUGAUAAGGCGGAUUUGAGAUUAGCGAAAUCGGGGGUGGUGUCUAAUCAAGAUUUGAUUAAGCUUUUGGAUAAUAAAGCGGCUAAGCAAGGGAAGAAAGGCGACACAUUUCUUGGUAGAUCAUCUCAGGCUCCAUUGAUGCAGCUUAAAGAUGUUGUGUUGUAUGGUGAUUUCCGGCGUGCGAUUCCGAAACCGGUUGUGACUCAGUCGAGUGUUAGUUCCCGGUCUGUGUCACCGUUCUCGAGGAAAGCGAGCCCGCCACGUUCUGCAACACCGGUUCCUACAACUUCGGGGCUUUCGUUUUCUAAAGGUGUUUCUGAUAGUUUGAAGAAAACAAAUGACCUCUUGAAUCAAGAAGUUCUUAAGUUGCGUGCGCAGGUUGAGAGCUUGAUGCGAGAAUGUGAUAUGCAAGAAGCAGAGCUUGAGAAAUCAAGAAAGAAAUCUCAGGAGGCCAUGGUGUUGGCUGCAGAGGAAUCUGCUAAAUGUAAAGCUGCAAAAGAUGUGAUUAAGUCGCUGACAGCUCAGCUGAAGGAUAUGGCAGAGAGAUUGCCAGCUGGAUCGUAUGACUUUGAGAGCAUACGGGUAAAGUCAGCAAGUGUGUUGGAGCAAAAUGGUGAUGCCAAUGAUAUUUGGACACCAAAUGAUAAAGUUGAGAAUGAAUAUCCAAAUGGAGCAAUGCAUGUGACAGAGGAGGGUAAGGAUAUAUUGUCAGCACAAGAAGAUGGAAAUAACAGUUUGAGUCCUCCUCCUGUUCCUGUUCCCAGUGAGACAACAGCAACAGCAACAGCAACAGCUGGUGGUAGUAAUCAACAACAACAAGUGGAGGCUGAAUGGAUCGAACAGUAUGAGCCUGGUGUGUACAUAACCCUAGUGGCUCUCCGUGAUGGAACUAGAGAUCUCAAAAGAGUCCGCUUCAGUCGAAGGAGAUUUGGGGAGCAUCAAGCGGAGACAUGGUGGUCGGAAAACCGUGAACAAGUGUACGAAAGAUACAACGUUCGUGGAUCAUCAUCAAGUAGUAAGUCAUCUGUUUCUUCAGCACCAACUGCCGGCCCUCGCAGGUCAGCUGGAUCUCCCAAGUAUUAGAUCACCACCACUUCUACCGGUGUAAUUGUUUCAUGCAUCAUGGAUGUUAGCAAAAGAUAGCGUAUGUGUCGCCCCAAUUUUUUAGUUUUUAUUUCGUAUAAUAUAUAAAUUUUAUUUUUGUAAUUUAUAUCUAGUGGGGGGGUGCAAAAAUUGAUUUCACUCAAA